GAGCGCGCGAAUGCACUUACGUCUCUCACAGUGCGCUACUCUGUUAGCUGUUAGCUUAGCGCCUUAGCGUCGUUCGUUGUGUGUUUAAACAGAGCAUAGAAGAGAGCCUGCCACAAGGCUCUUUGUCUCCACAGCUCAGCUAAACUUAAGGUUCUGUGGUCUGCAGUUGCAAUGGCGGACAAGGAAGCAGGUGCAUUUGAUGAUGCAGUUGAGGAGAGGGUGAUAAAUGAGGAGUACAAGAUCUGGAAGAAAAAUACACCCUUCCUGUAUGACCUGGUUAUGACCCAUGCUUUAGAGUGGCCCAGCCUCACUGCCCAGUGGCUGCCUGACGUCUCCAGGCCAGAGGGGAAGGAUUACAGUGUGCACCGGCUGGUGUUGGGCACUCACACAUCCGAUGAACAGAAUCACCUGGUUAUUGCCAGUGUCCAGCUGCCCAAUGAUGACGCCCAGUUUGAUGCUUCACAUUAUGACAGUGAAAAAGGAGAAUUUGGAGGCUUUGGCUCAGUAAGUGGCAAGAUUGAGAUAGAAAUCAAGAUCAGCCAUGAAGGAGAGGUAAACCGGGCUCGCUAUAUGCCCCAAAACCCCUGCAUCAUCGCCACAAAGACCCCUACCUCAGACGUGUUGGUGUUUGACUAUACCAAGCACCCCUCCAAGCCAGAUGCUUCAGGAGAGUGUCGUCCAGAUCUGCGUCUCAGAGGCCAUCAGAAAGAAGGUUAUGGUCUCUCCUGGAAUCCGAAUUUGUCUGGCUCUCUGCUUAGUGCGUCAGAUGACCAUACAGUCUGUCUGUGGGACAUAAGUGCAGUGCCAAAGGAGGGAAAGAUAGUAGAUGCGAAGACGAUCUUCACGGGUCACACUGCUGUGGUGGAAGACGUCUCCUGGCACUUGCUCCAUGAGUCACUCUUCGGCUCUGUUGCAGAUGACCAGAAGCUCAUGAUUUGGGACACUCGAUCGAACAACACCUCCAAACCCAGCCAUGCAGUAGACGCCCACACAGCAGAGGUCAACUGUUUGUCAUUUAACCCUUACAGCGAGUUCAUCCUUGCCUCUGGGUCUGCAGACAAGACUGUUGCUCUGUGGGACUUGAGAAACUUGAAAUUGAAGCUGCAUUCCUUUGAGUCACACAAAGAUGAGAUCUUCCAGGUUCAGUGGUCACCUCAUAAUGAGACCAUACUGGCAUCCAGUGGAACAGACCGUCGUCUCAACGUCUGGGACCUCAGUAAAAUUGGAGAGGAGCAGUCACCAGAAGAUGCAGAGGAUGGCCCACCUGAGCUACUGUUUAUCCAUGGAGGCCACACGGCCAAAAUCUCUGACUUCUCCUGGAACCCCAACGAGCCCUGGGUCAUCUGCUCUGUGUCUGAAGACAACAUUAUGCAAGUUUGGCAAAUGGCUGAGAACAUCUACAAUGAUGAAGAUCCAGAGGGUACAACAGACCCUGAAGCCACAGCAUAACAGUACACAGUACUACCUGCUGUGUAUCUCAACCUAAAACCUCAUCACAAAUUCCCACACAAGUAGUUUAGUGCAGCUACUUGUUCCCAUCCCUCUGUACUGGUGGGACAUGCCAUAAAUCACUGUAAAUACAAGAAAGACAAUAAAAUGUGUAGCCCUGGUCCCUUUUGGAAUGCUUAAAAAUUAGGAUUUCUCUUUAUCUGAGUAAUUUAUUGCUUGAAGAAUCUCGCCCAUGUUAUUUGCAGUGCUUAUAAAAGAUGUAUUUUUGUAACAAAAUUGGCUCCCACAUCUACACUAAAAUAUUUUAGUCACUGCUUUUUCAGUAAUUGAUAAAAUGCAUUUCUAGAACGUAAGGUGAUAAUCAUACUGACAACCUACAAAAAGAAAUAAUUAAAGUAACAUGCUGUUAAAGAACAGCUUGCUCUGCACAAGUAGGAAAUAUUGCGAAAAAAUAACCUGUAAAGUAAAUUGUAUUCCAGCUUUUUGGCAUCAUGAACUGUGACAUUCACUGUUUUACCCAAAAUUCGCAUGUUGGUAAACCUGCCAAAACAGUUGAUUGACUUUUUUUGUCUCUGCCUGUAGAUAUUUUUUUUCUCCGCCUGGUGUGUGUAGUUCGACAUCACAAAUGGGGAACAGUACACAGUAGCUUGGCGAGCAAUGAAAAUAUUAUGGUGGUUACUUUUUUCAGCUCUUUUACUUCAGUCUCUCUUUCAAACUCAACACAGACUAAAUGACUAACUAAGGUUCAAGCUCUGCUUGAACUGAGAAGGAUGGAAAACUAUUUGUAUGCAAGUGUUCGGAACCUUAACACAUUUCUAAGCGGGUGUUCUAUUUUCAUCACUGCCAAUCUGAGCUGGAGAUGAUAAAUAAACAUGUCUACUGCAGAGUCAUUUGACCCUGGAAAGAAAUGCCAACUGUAAUCUUUCCUACUAAAUACAGUGGGAAAGGAUACCAUUUUUAUUUAGUUUUAUUUUUUUGCUAGCUUAUUGUCCUAAAAAUAUCUCAUUUGUGCCCCAGUUUGGUCAUCACCUUAUUGUUCUGGAAUCUGAUUUUUACACCAGCUACUUCUGAAUGAAAUUACAACUUUGGAGUGAAUUUGCAUUUUCCAUUUGUAGUCCCACCUCCCCUCACCUUUGUCAUAAUCAUUUAAAUGUUUUUGUGAUAGAUUAGUGGUUGAACUUUUUGUAUGUUCAAUAUUUGUAAGGUGAGUGCAUUCUUAAUAAAAAUGUGUUUCAUUA